AUGCCACUAAAUGUCCAACCUCAAUCCCCGUCAUCUUUUAAAUCUGUCAAUACCAUGUCCACCAUGGUUAUGGCGUCAGUGUGUCCACCGUUUUAUCCACUCCACCGCAUCACGCUGCUGCUCCGCCAUCUUCGCCAGUCAACCUGGCUCACCCACCUUCACCGCUACCACCCACAUCCCCAUAGCCGCAACCAGGUGGAGCGACUCUUCCGCCACAUUGAUCAGCUUCAAGAUUAUAUAAGCCGCCACAGGCUCCUCCCUACAAUGCCGAGUCACCGUCCUCGUCCUCCUCGCGCUCCCAACCACAACAACAACGACCACGUUCUUCAACUUCACCACCAGUUCGUGGAGCUUCGAAGGAUCCACCAGCACCAGCUCCGGGAGUCACUCACCAGAAUCCGGCACUGCAUAAGGCCACUCCGACAGUACCUGGUUUUGUACCAACCUGACCAGCUCAUACGCUACCACCAAAGCAUGAAUAUCCUCGACAUUUUUACCACCCACCUAUGA